GGCAACGUCAGACCAGUAACGACACUGAAUUUCACCAAGUGUUCAGUGUUCCGCUGGCUACGUGGUGGAGUAGUUGUUUCAUUAUAAAGCGAGCAACAAUUUUUUUUUCGAAAAUGUUUUCCAGUUCAACGCUGGGUGCCCUGUUGGGGGUGAUGAUUACUAUUUCUUCUAUACCAAAUGCGUCGUCUUACACCAAAUACGGAAGGACAUGCAAGGACAUCGGCUGCAGGAGGGACGAGGUAUGCGUGAUGGCCGAAGAUCCCUGCUCGAUCUACCAGCGGGAUAACUGCGGUCGUUAUCCGACUUGCACGAAAACUCAUCCAGGCGAGGCCAACUGCGCGAGCACCGUCUGCGGGGAGAACGAAUACUGCAGAACCGAGGACGGCGUGCCGAAAUGCGUGAAGAAGUCGACCGCGAUCGAAACGAUAGAGGAGGAGGACGGCCGGAUAAUCGCUAAACGUCAGAGCAACGACGACGUUCAGUCAGCAUCGUCUCCAGAUUCAUCGAGUCCGUCGUCGACGAAGACUGGAAGUGGAGACGCCUCGGGCGGUUCAUCCGGUUAUCCUUCAAGGAGCGGUUACCCGUCGAGCUCCGGUUACCCGUCCAGCUCCGGUUAUCCUUCCAGAAGUGGUUCUUCAUCGGGAUAUCCGUCGAGAAGCUCCGGAUAUCCAUCAGAGUCUGCCAGUCCUUCGCAGAACAGCAACGAUUAUGCCUCGAGGAGAUCCGGAUACCCCACUGAAUCCGGCUCUCCUUCAAGGUCUGGAUAUCCGUCCAGAAGCUCUGGUUAUCCGUCCAGUUCUGGAUAUCCAUCGCAGUCUGAAAGCUCUCAGAGUAGCAACGACUAUGCUUCAAGACGAUCCUCAUAUCCCUCUCAGUCUGGCUCUCCGUCGUCGUCGGGAUAUCCAUCGAGAAGUUCCGCCGGUUAUCCGUCCAGCUCUGGAUAUCCAUCGCAGUCUGAAAGCUCUCAGAGUAGCAACGACUAUGCUUCAAGACGAUCCUCAUAUCCCUCUCAAUCUGGCUCUCCUUCAUCGUCGGGAUAUCCGUCGAGAAGUUCCGCCGGUUAUCCGUCCAGCUCUGGAUAUCCAUCGCAGUCUGAAAGCUCUCAGACUAGCAACGACUAUGCUUCAAGACGAUCCUCUUAUCCCUCCGAGUCCGCGUCUCCUUCAAGGUCCGGAUAUCCUUCGAGCAGCUCGUCGUCCGGUUACCCGGCAAGCUCCGGAUAUCCGUCGGCAUCCGGUUAUCCUUCGCGCAGCGGUUCCGGUUACCCUUCAAGCUCGAGUGGCUACCCUAGCAGCUCUUAUCCUUCGUCUGGCUCUAGAGCAUAUCCAUCGAGCUCGGGUUACCCUGGCAGCUCGCCGGUAAACGAAGACAGCGUGAAACGAUCUGGCGCCAGCACCGUCAACGCUGGUUAUCCUGGCCAACCUUCUCGAGGCGGUUAUCCGGCACAAUCGUCGGGAUAUCCAAGUCAGUCUGGCUAUCCUGGACAAGCUGGUCAGUACGGUAAUCAGGAUCCUAGGUACCAGGGUAGUUAUCCUCAAGGAUAUCCUCAAGGAUAUCCUGCUCAAGGCUACCCGCAGGGAUAUCCGCAAGGAUAUCCUCAAGGUUAUCAACAGGGGUAUCCUCAAGGAUAUCCGCAGGGGUAUCCUCAAGGUGGUUACUAUCCUCCUCCUCCUUCUACUACCAGGAAACCGAAUUUCGGUGAUCAGUUAACCAACAUUGCGAAGGACUUCACUAACAGGGUUAUUACAAAGGCUGUUCUAGACAAAAUUCAGUCGACUGUAGGAUAGCUUGGCGCGUGACGUUGUUAAUUAGUUACUACCGCUGCUUUCGCGUUGUUUAUUGUUCGCGUAUAAUUUAUAGCUGCAGCAGUGUGCUGUUAACGCUGAACCUAGCAAGCUGGUCGAAAUGAAUGGUUUCGAAAUUUUCCUGUGGAGAUUGCUGAAAUUAUAGUGGCACUUUCAUAGGAAAUUAUUGAAUACUAUGGUCGAAAUAGUGGUGGGUUCAUAACAUUUUUGUGACAUAACAGUGUGUUUUAUGUAACAUUUCCGUCUUUUUGUUAUUAGUUGGUGAUUCGUUACAAUGCAUUCGGUGGAACACAUAAUUGUUGAAGUAAUAUGGUUAUUACAUCAAUAUGACAGAAAUUUAUAAAUUUUGUGCGAAAUAAAUAUACUUAAUAUUAUUAUAUCAUGUUAUAUUAUAAAAAUAUACUUAAUAUUUUUGUAUCCACAUCAUGAAUGCAAUUGUAAAUGAGUUAAUUACGAAGAAAACUUGAUGGUUAAUUGUGGUCCUCCAUUGUAUCGCAAAAAUGAAGUGAAUCUAUCAUUAUUUCGGCCACUGUAUAACUUCGUUCAAGCACAUAUUACAAUAAAAAAAUGGCGAGAAGUAAAAAUUAACUGAAUUUUGUCAUUCUUAUGUUGUAAUACACGUUCAUGCAUUUUUAAAGCUUGCUGGGUUGAGUACUAAUUGAUGCCCGAGUUUUAGUUUGUUUUAGUUAAUCUGUAUGAGCAUAUGUUACCUUGAUAACGGAAACUUUGUUUUACGAUAAGUUUGUAUGAAAAGUAAUAUCAAUGAAUCGAUGGCGCAGCGCCCAGUGCCGAAUGAUUGAACGAAAUUGAUCGAUGUGUUACUACCUUUGGCGAAAUAUAUUUAUUUGAUCCAGCAAUCUAAUUUUCUUGUCAAAAUGACUUAUGAAAAUCCGUUUACCGCAUUACGGAAGCGUUUUCAAUAAUAAUAAUAAAGAAAAUGAAGUAUUUCGUCGAGGAUAAUGUUAUAAAGUCUAAUGCUAUUUGCAGUUACUGUUUACUUUAGUCCAGAAUUUAUUCUUAUGAUUUUAAGUUUAAUCACAACUGUCUUCAUCAAGCACACGAACAAAGUACCUACUAUUGCUGUAUAACAUUUAACAAAGUGAAAUAAAAAUGUAAUAUAAUAUUAAGCAGAA